AUGCUUGCCGGAAAUAAUAACUUCAGUUUUUACAAUGAUAAUGAAGUAUGCUCUUAUAAUGGAAGUAAUGAUUCAAUUCAUCAGAAUAACUACAUUAUUUGCUCUUUUCCUGCAAGAGAUACCGGUGGAUAUGCAGUUUCCUUCUCUUCCACAGAAUUAAACUCAAACAUUAACAUGCAUAGUGAUGCAUUAAACUACUACAGUCCAUCUUUAGAUAAUCGAUCACCAAGAUUUAAUGGCGAAUUUUCAUUUUCACCAGAUACCGAAAUUCGAAUUAAGAACGACAAUGAGUUCGUACCAUCACUCCACAGAGCUAAAUUACAAGGAUACAGGAAAGUUAAGUUUAUUUAG